CUGUUUUGUCACAGUGAAAAUACCGAAAAGUGUGAAAACACUAACACGGCGAUAUUUCAGGUUUUGUUCAUAUGUACUGUGAGGUGUGAGUUCGUUGACCUUUAUCCAAAGCAUUUCGAACAGAUUUUGGAAGAAGAUCUUGAUUGUCCACAUGACUCCGAAUCGGAUAGUCCUGCUCCGGAGGAUUUCAGGAACUACGUGCUUACUUAUCACAAUAAGUUCAGGGUGAUAGAACGUGAAAAGCUAAAAAUCAAGGACGAUUUUGGAGCAUUCAAAGCAGCUUUUUUGAUGUGGUGGAAAGUGAUCCGCACAAACGACGUGCUCGAAAUCCCUGAUAUGGACAUCAAAUUUUCCAAGGAUUUAUAUCCUAAACUUCUCAGCUUCUCAAAGAUAACAUGUGGAGCCAACAGAAAAGUUGGCUGUGCAGUUCAAGCAUGUAAUGAGCAAAAGGUUCAAGUGGCGUGUGCCUAUGAACAUUGGCCAGAAGAACAAGAGCCACUUUAUCUGACUGAACUAGCAUGCGAGAGAGAUAAGGUUAUAAAUCAAAGGGAGUUUGUGAAGUUCUGUAGUCGCCAGGGCGAAGAAAAGAUGACAACAAGGGAAUAA